UGAUUGUUAUUUCAGGAAUAUUAACAAUUGACUGCUCUUAUUUCGUGGGAUUAAAAUUAAAAACGUAUUUUAAUGAUAAUAAAAGAUCUUAUUCCUGUUUGAAAAAUAAUCGUCGAUUUGUGAUAAGUUUUAGGCGAGUAGAUGUAUUGAUUACACACGACUCGCGUAGUUGCUGAGCGAAGAGCGAGUGGAUGGAUUUUCCAGUAGUGGAGUAAAUAUUGUAGUUAUCGGUAUGGCUGCUCCUGCAGCCUGUACAAGAUUUAGUGAUAAUUACGAUCUAAAAGAGGAAUUAGGAAAAGGAGCAUUUUCUGUGGUACGAAGAUGUGUCCAGAAAUCAACGGGCUUGGAGUUUGCCGCCAAAAUAAUCAAUACAAAAAAAUUAUCAGCAAGGGAUUUCCAAAAAUUAGAAAGAGAAGCCCGCAUUUGUCGGAAACUUCAACACCCCAACAUAGUUCGUCUACACGAUAGUAUACAAGAGGAAAACUUCCAUUAUCUCGUUUUCGAUUUGGUAACAGGCGGAGAGCUAUUCGAAGAUAUCGUAGCACGGGAAUUCUAUAGUGAAGCGGAUGCCUCUCACUGUAUCCAGCAAAUCCUAGAGAGUGUCAACCACUGCCACACCAAUGGAGUUGUUCACAGAGAUCUUAAGCCUGAAAAUUUAUUGCUUGCCAGUAAAGCCAAGGGAGCCGCUGUGAAAUUAGCCGACUUCGGGCUGGCCAUUGAAGUUCAAGGCGAACAACAUGCCUGGUUUGGUUUUGCUGGAACGCCGGGUUAUCUGUCUCCUGAAGUGCUCAAGAAGGAACCUUAUGGAAAGCCCGUCGAUAUUUGGGCUUGUGGGGUGAUCCUAUACAUUCUACUAGUCGGUUACCCACCCUUUUGGGACGAGGACCAACAUAGACUUUAUGCACAAAUCAAAGCCGGAGCCUAUGAUUACCCGUCACCAGAAUGGGACACAGUGACGCCAGAGGCGAAAAACCUCAUCAACCAGAUGCUGACUGUGAACCCUUCCAAACGAAUCACCGCCUCCGAAGCACUCAAGCACCCAUGGAUCUGCCAACGAGAGAGAGUGGCCUCCAUUGUUCACAGACAGGAGACUGUCGACUGUUUGAAGAAAUUCAAUGCAAGGCGCAAACUCAAAGGCGCCAUUUUGACUACAAUGCUCGCUACGAGGAACUUCUCCAGUAAGUAUGAUGUGCAGGGCCGCAGCAUCAUAACGAAGAAAGGGGACGGAUCGCAAGUGAAGGAGUCUACAGAUAGUAGUACCACCCUAGAGGAUGAUGAUAUAAAGGAGGAUAAGAUAAAAGGAGGAGUCGAUCGUAGUUCCACUGUCAUUGCUAAAGAUCCCGAAGGCAUAGUGGGCAGCUGUACACCCCCCCAGACGCCGGCCGCGGCGACGACGCCCACCUCCAAGUCGGCGCCGGUCAGCUUCGGCGCCGGCGCCAAACCAGCGGCGACCUCUGCCCUCAGUUUGAGCGCCGUUCUUUUGCAGGGAGCGCAAGAUGUGCUUUCAGUUCCGCAACGGUCCGCCUCUAAUGGCGGCACUCCCUCUAAUGGCGGCAUCCCCUCCCCAAGCAUUCGCAAUAGGCGAUUAGGCACACGCCUUAUGUGCAAUCAGCAAGAUCUGUUGUUAUCUGUGGGCCAACAACAGAAACGACAAGACGACCCCAAGUAUCCAGAGCAUCUCUCCAACGACAGUGGCGAAAUAGGCUACCAACGGCUUGAUUGUGAACCAGACAAUUCCGAGGCUCGUAAGCAAGAAGUUAUAAAGAUGACAGAGCAGUUGCUUGAAGCUAUCAACGUUGGAGAUUAUGAAGCAUACACGAAGAUCUGUGAUCCUCAUCUAACAGCAUUUGAACCUGAGGCGCUAGGUAAUUUAGUCGAAGGAAUGGACUUUCACAAAUUUUACUUUGAUAAUGUGGUUGGGAAGAAUUGCAAAGCUGUAAACACAACUAUCUUGAAUCCUACAGUUCAUCUUUUAGGAGAUGAUGCAGCUUGUAUUGCAUAUGUCCGCUUAACUCAGUACAUGGACAAACAAGGCGCGGCUCACAGCUCGCAGUGCGAGGAGACGCGAAUCUGGCACAAGCGCGACAACAAGUGGCAGAAUGUGCACUUCCACCGCUCAUCCAAUUCGCCACCUUUCACUUUCGCUCCCUCCGCUCACAAAUAAGUCUCCUCUCUCUCCCCCCUCCCCGCUCCUCACCACCACUCUACUGCCGACAAGACUUGUGCUGCUUCUCCUCCUAAUCCCCCACCCCCUCUUCAAGUAUUUAUAAUCCCCCCUCCCACUGAACGACGACUAGCCAUUUAAACAACAAAAAAUACAUACUAAUUCUUCAAUGAAAGUAAUUGUACUGUUUUUAACACGCUGCACAUCACUGCUGCUGAUAUCUGUCGGUGCGUUCUGGUACUACUAGCGAACCUCUAUUUAUGUGCUUGGCUACUUCUUGUCCGACUACCCCACUAUAAGCCGACCUGUGACGUCAUUCUAUCUUGGUGUAUCUAUCAAAUAUAUAUAUAUAUACUUGUGGUAUGCAAUGCAUCACAAAACAAGUUUUAAAUCAAUUAUAUCGGAUGAUGAGUAGCUUGUACUCAGUUGUCUUCAAAACUUUGUAUUUCUAAAACAUAUAAAGAAGAUACACUCACGUUUUACUACAGUUUGUUCUACUUACUACACACCAUAAUAAUUUACGGUUUGCCCAUUCUUAAUUAUCGAAUGUAAAACAUUCUUGAAGAAUGAAAUCUUCAAGCUUUUAUCUAGUCAUAUUGUUGAUCUCAGAUAUAUAUAAUAUCAACAGCCCAUUGUUCAAGAUAUUGUCUAAGUUAGUGUUGUUUGCUAGAUGAGCAGACUCUUUUAAAAUUAGAACAAAAUCUAUUCAAAUUAGUCGACUAUGAAGGUGAUUGAGAAAAUCGAUUGAUUCUUGCCACGUUAAGUUUAGACAAAUUUAUAAUAACUGGUCAGUUCAAAAGUAAGGGUUGAAUUUAGAAAGUUUCAAGUUAAUGGUGAUUCUAUGUUAAGAAAUAUGUCUUCAAGAAUUGUUUCUUUCAACCCUUUGCAAGAAAUCUACUGAAUGGUAGGUUAAAUACCCAUGUAUUUCAGAGAAGGUUCCGCAUUUGAUUGACACAGUGUCAUCUGUACCUAUAGUUAGGACUUACCGUAGUUGUUUAUGACUUUUGAUUAUUUUUGGCACCGACUAUAACAAAAUUAUAAUCAUAGGAAUUUGUGACAUAAUUAACAUUGGAAGUAAACCGUUUUUAAAUUUAUAAUCAUUACUUACUAUAUAAAUUUUGUUGUAUAAAAUGGAAUCUUGAUGAAAAUUUGAGCUUUUUACAAGAGUGAGAUGUAGUUUAAGAAUCUCAUUCGAUUAAUGUACUCGUUUGAUAGAUAUAGAUUCUGCCACUUUGUGCGCAUUUAUUCUGACUAUAGAUAUUUCUGAAUGAUUAAUGUACAUUGUAUACCUAUUCUAUAAACUAAUCGAAUAAUGUUUACAUGUUGAACUUAUUAUAUGUUUCGUCAUAACUCACUUUAACUAAUUAGCCCAUAGGCUAUUUUGUAGUUUUAAUCCACGUGUUACAAAUGACUUGAUUUUAUUGAACUGUAUACGUUCUGUAUUGAAAUUGUUUCUUCUCAUAGAUAUUUUAAUAAUUGAGAUUUAUAUAUAUCUAUUAUAAAAUUGAUAGUUUUAUUAUGAAUAAAUGAUGAGGUUGAUAUGCAUGAAAGUAAUCUACUACAUUAACUUCUUCACUCACUUUAGCUAUUUUUUAUUUAAUUCAUUCUACUUUAUUAUGUGCAAUAUUUAUCAAUGAAUUCCCUUUUCAUCUACUCAUCUACUGCUUUCUACGUUAAAUCAUAUUGAAACUUUCCAAACACCUAUUUUUCUGUUUUUGUAUUUCAAAUUUUGUCAACCUCAAUCAUUUUAAAAUACUUUAUAUUGUUAGAGUGGAAAUAAUAUUGUUUCAAAUCACAAUCAAGCAUGAUAUAUUGUAAGUGUUUGGCCUAAUGUCACCUGUGAAUAUUAAUAAUAAUGAUAAUAGAAUUAUGUACUGAUUUGAUGUGAUGCAGUUGUUAGGAAUUGGAACGAGAAAAUAUGAAUUUUCAUCAGUUAGUUAUUUUAUCAGUUACUUUUAUAUUAAUUCGUCAGCAUACUGAAAAGUAUUUAGAAUGGAAUUAAAUUUAUUGUUAGAUUUGAUCAAUAACAAUCAACAUCAUCAAUUCUUUUGAUGAUAAUUGAUGAAUUCAGGUGACCAGCUUCAAUUUUUGCGUGCAUUUAUUUCAGGAUUCAAAAUUGUUAGAUUGAAAUCUAUCUGUUUCAGAUCAAAAUUAGUAGGCUAUAGUAAAAAAUUUCAACUAUAACCUUGUAGAUGUAAAUGAAUGUUUUAUUUUCAAUGAGAAUGGUUCAAUAAAAUAGUCUAAUUUAACUGGUUUAAUAUAUCGAUUGAAUUCUUCAAAUGAACAAUUUCACUUGAAAAUUGGUUUGAACUAAAUUCAAAUGCUUCAAUUAUCUAUUUCAAUUCAAUUGGUUUAAUCAACUAGUUGUUUCAACUAACAAAUUUUAAUCAAGUAGUUAAAUUGAACCAGACCAGUCUAAUGAACUAUUUGAAUUACAUCAACAUUUAAUGGAAUAGUUUAUUAAACUGGUUACAUCAGAUAGAGAGCAACUUGCAUCACGUUCAACUUGUUUAUUGCAUGAAUAAUUGUUAAAAAUAAUUGGGAAUCUAAUAUGGAUUAAAAUACUAUGUCAGCAUUCUUGUCGAAACUAAGCUUGUCACUCUGUCACUAUAAUAGCUAGCCUCAUUGAUACCGCUAGCUUUACUAUAAAAACUACUUGUGCCAUACUUAACACAUGUUUCUAAAACUAAACUGUUAAAAUUGUUCGUCAAUAAUAAUCCUCUGUUGAUCUAUUUUAUCUAUUUCAAUCUACCUUUCAACUCUCGUUAUAUACCUUCAACCUAAGAUAAUGUUGUUAGUAAUUUAGUAAAGGGAUGUAAGAAGCUUGUAUCCAAAACAUUUCAAAGAACAAAUAUCAUUAUUAUCGAUGUAUUGAUAAUAAUAAGUAAUCACACGAACAAAAUAAAAAAUUAUUUAUUAUUAGAGGAUUUUAGUUCUUGUAUCGAAUUGAAUUAAUGUGAAAACAUACUUGGA